CAACACUCACUCUCAGAGGGGCUGUUUCUAGGCUGCAGUCCCCUUUGUGCCUGCCUCAGUGUCACUCUGAUACCCUCACCUGAGCGGCCCAGGACUGGUCCUUCACUCUCCAGCAUUUGCAAGCACCCUGACAGAAGAUGUCUGUGGCCACUAGUAGCCAUAGGGCUCCUUUGCUCAGAGUCCUCCUGCUGGUCUUACCAAUAGCCCAGAACCUUGUGAGAAGUCAGGUGACUCCUGCGCCCUCCCAGACAUGCCACAGCUUCCACUGCUUCGGAGAGAGGUGCUACCAGGAAGCAAAGUUCUCCAGCCGCACAGCAAAGUGCAGACAUGGGGAGCACCACUGCAAGCUGGUUCAAUUCAAUGCUUCCCACUACAUGGCUGGGUGCAGCCUCAGUUGUGAGGCAGGAAAUGAAACCAGUUUCAGCCCUUGUCUGCCCUCUGGCAACUUGAGUCCAAGCCCCUGCACUCUGCAGUGCUGCAGCAAGGGUCCCCUCUGCCUGGCACUCAAUGAUGAGUCGACCUCGGGCCUAGGUCACCCAACCAUCGCAGAGGACAAGCUGCUUCCCACUCCAACACUGGUGGCUACCACCCUGCCAGCCCCCAAGAGAAACGGAAAAAUCUGUGCCACCUUCUCCUGCCAAGGCAGUGACUGCUUUGAGGGGCAGAAAGCUGUGGCUGGGUGCCCUGAGGGUUUGGACUUCUGUGAGCUGAAACAGUCCAGCUCAGGCUAUACUGCAGGCUGCAGCCAGGCCUGCAUGGCAGAGACCCCCAGGUGUCAUGGGGCUGUGGCUCAGCCCUGCUACCAGGAGUGCUGCCAAGCCUCAGCUUCAAGCAGCUGCCUCCAGCUGGAUGGGAACCUCCACUUCAACCAGGCAGCCUCAGGGGCUGCUAGGAGCUCCCUGCACUGGGACCUGGCAGGGGUGGUGCUGCUGUUCCUCCACUAUGCCUUACUCCUGUACUUGCUCCCCUAG